CUCCUCCUAUUUGGAGUAGGGCUUUUGUCUCUCUCUCCAUUCCCUGCCCCAUUCAUUCACUCCACCCAAUAAGGGACAGAUUCGACAGAAUAGACUUGAAUCUCUCUGCCUCUUCAGUCUUCACCCUACACCUUCCACCCUCUCCUCUCUCUCUCUCUCUCUCUCUCUCUCUCUCUGUCUCUCCGCUUCCAUCAAUACAUCUCGUGUGAUGGGAGAUAGAAUUCCACCUGGUAGUUACUUCCAGUAUCCUCCUGGACUCCCUGCUUCUCCUAUCAGGUCUUCUACCCUUCCUUCAGAUCGAGAAAGAUACUUGGCUGAAUUACUGGCAGAGAAGCAAAAGUUGGGACCAUUUUUGCAAGUUCUUCCCUUGUGUAGCAGACUUCUAAAUCAAGAAAUCAGACGGAUUUCCAGCUUCAAUCAAAGUUUUGUAGGUCAUGAAAGACUUGAGCAUGAGAACCCACUUAGGUCAAUAGGUCAACCCCUUAAUGGUAGAGCAAUGGAUUUAGAAGGAUGGCCCACAAUGCACGUGGAGGAAAAUGGACAAGUUCAAAGAAUGGCCCCAGUUCAAAAUUCUCCAAUCAGUUGGCCUGGGUUGCAAGGAGUUCCAACCACUCCUAUUGUGAAGAGAGUUAUUAGACUUGAUGUUCCUGUGGAGAAAUAUCCAAACUAUAAUUUUGUUGGUCGAAUUCUGGGACCACGUGGGAACUCACUGAAAAGAGUUGAAGCCAUGACAGAAUGUAGGGUGUACAUAAGAGGAAGGGGCUCUGUUAAGGAUUCUUUAAAGGAAGAGAAACUGAAGGACAAACCGGGGUACGAGCACCUUAAUGAGCCACUGCAUGUGUUGGUGGAGGCUGAGUUUCCAGAGGAUAGUAUAAAUGCCCGCUUGGAUUAUGCAGUGACAAUAUUAGAGAAACUUUUGAAGCCUGUGGAUGAGUCCUUGGAUCAUUACAAGAAGCAACAAUUAAGGGAGCUGGCUAUGUUGAAUGGCACUCUAAGAGAAGAAAGCCCUAGCAUGAGCCCUAGCAUGAGCCCAAGCAUGUCACCUUUUAACAGUACUGGAAUGAAAAGAGCAAAGACAGGAAGAUAACCAUAAAAUAUAUUGAUGAUGUGACCUUGUUUAGUUAGUUUGGUGAAUGCAUGCGAUUGGUAUUGGCCUGAUGGCAGAACCUUGGGAUGGGAAGCUGACCGGCUACUUGAACUCCUGAGGUAAUUUUUGGGGUCGGUGAUUGUUCGGCAUCACAAAUGGAUGACUGCUUCAAUGAUUUCUCAAAUUUUGCUUCAUGUCUGCCAUGAUUUAUAUUCUUUCAUGUAUCACUAAUUUUGAACACCGGGGACAAUAUUUUUAUUAUUUAACUUGUAGUCGCCCCCCCUCCCCCCCCAAAAAAAAAAAACAGUUUACCUGUAUCCUGCUUGUUUCUGAGUCCUAUAUCUCCUCAAGUGUACUUGCAGAUGAUUCUUUUACAUCUACAUUUAUCUUUACAUUACAUGCGCAUUCUGAUGUAUGCAAGCUCAAUAUGAAUUCCGAAAGUGUUCAUUAACCUGC